GUUAUCCGUGACGUCCUGCUCCUAGGACACAGACAAGCCUUUGCCUGGGUGGAUGAGUGGAUUGAAAUGACCAUGGACGAGGUGAGAGAGUACGAGCGGGCCACCCAGGAGGCCACCAACCGUAAGAUCGGACCCUUCCCCCAUCCAUCUCCAUCACCGAGACCCCCCUGGCCUCGGUGGCCCGCACGGGCCCUCCAGCGCCCCCUCCACCCCCUCUCCACGGAGCCUCCAGAGUACUCUCCGUGCCCAAGGACCGACCCAGGAAGAAGUCAGCCCCAGAGACCUUGACCCUCCCCGACCCCAAUCGCAGGGACUCAGGCUUCAGGCUGGCUAGCAUCUCUCCUGGGGCUCAACCCCUAGCCCCCAGCCUGAAUGAGAGGGGAACCCAUAGGUGUGGUAUACACCUAUCUACAUUCAGGGGGUGGCUAUGUACAUCCAUUUUGUCCCCUAGACAACUUAUGUAAAAGGGAGUGUUGUUCACAGACCUCCUGUAACUUGGUGGUGUGGUAAACGCCUCUCCACAGACAGUUGCUGGUAUCACCCUGAAGCCAACCACUGUCACCAACUAACUGUGUCUUGGUCUGCCUUUGCAGAGAGAUGGCCAGUCUGAUCACCAGGCAACACAUGGAGAGGAGUCUCAAGGCACACACCAAAUACAUGUACGCGCAAAACACACACACACACACACACACACACACACACACACACACACACACACACACACACACACACACACACACACACACACACACACACACACACACAACCAACUGAGUGUCUUUUAAAAACCUCUUGAACCUCUCCAUUGGUCCCAUCAAAACACAGCAACCAGCACCAUCUACCAGCCAGAAAGCUCAUGUGGAGGUCAAUUAUAUCUGAUUUAAUUUAGUUCACAUUCCUCUGAAUACUUUGCUUCUCUUCAGUGUCUCAGUCCUCUUUCAUCUCAGUUGAUACUGUAUCUCAGGGUUUGUUACCUAGAUACACAGAUAUCUGAUAAAUAGACAUUGAAUCAGCACACUCAAUCUUUCUGCAUAUGGAUAUAAAUGUGUGGGAUGAUGAACUCAUUUCCUCCUUCUUUCUCAUUGCAGUCAAGCCCUCUUAUUGGUUGGAAAUUGACACCAUGUAAUUGCAGAUGUAACUAUGUGUUGGUU